CGCGCAUGCGCAUUAACUCAGCAUGCACGUUCUUACUUCCGAGUCCGCUUGAAUGCUUAUUUUUGUGGGUUGUAAUGCACUUACAAUAAACCGUUAUUGUGCUAGAAAAUACGAUCGCAAAUUCCAACAUUUGCGAAUUGGGACCUAGAAAAGAGUUGGAAAAGCUUCUUCAUGCAUGCAUGUUUACACGGCGCAUGCUCAUGUUGAAGUUUACCGGAAGUCUUCUUUUACGAAAUAUUAUUCAUUCAAGGAACAUUGCAUACAUUGAUCAGUCUCUGUACACGCAGUAUACUGAGGGUAUAUACUGUUACAAAUACGUUCACACGAGUAAGUUAAUGCCUGGCUUUGAGUUGGAGCAGGUGGACGGUGGCCCUCCCAUAGAUCUGCCCUAUGGAGAGACUGUCCUGGGGAGAGGACCAUUUCUGGGUGUGAGUGAUAAGAGGGUAUCGAGAAACCACGGCGUACUGGAGAACCAGACGGGUCACCUGCGCUUGAAGCCCACACACCUGAACCCGUGUUUUAUUCAGACGAGCAUUGUGGCCACCCCUCAACCGCUGGAGAAGGAUGUCUGGCACUUUCUCCGGGAAGGUGACAUCUUCUCUCUCAUGCCCGGAAGGUACAUUUACAGAGUGCACGUCAAGCAGGAUGACAGAACCCCCAGAAACAGUCAGGGGUUUGAGGACGAGAUGGAUAUGAAGGAGUGUUUGCCCAGACGAGCAGGGUCCUGUGAAGACUCCGCCACACUUGAGGGCGAGAACGAAGUACCCGUGACCCAGAGCUCCACGCUCACAGGAAGUGAAAAACAGGGUGGUUCUGCACCCCCUGUGUGCUCUCUCAAUAAGUCACCCACAGAGUUUCAACAAAGCGAGCCUUCUCUGCCUCAAAAGAAGCGCAUCUUGCCAGACUGGAUGGUGUCUUGUGGUUCAGCUACCCAAAGUCCGUCAACUGCCAAAGGUGAGAGCAAAGCCGUCAGAGGAACCCCAAAACAGUCCAAGCGCCCAGCUGCACGUAAACUUGCACCCGAACCCAAGCGUGCUCGUAUAGCACAGGUGUCGUCUGAGGAAGAGGAGGAGGGGAUACCUAGGAGGAAGGCAAAGAGGUUAAAAAGUGAUUCUGAAGAUGAGCUGGGUGAUGGAACGGCACUCAAAUGCACUAGAGUCGGAUCAGUCGAGGACGGGCCAAGCAACGAGUCGGACAGCACUGGAUUGAUGGAGCUUGAUAAUGGGAAAAAUGGAGGAGGCAUCAGGGGAGCAAGUGCUCAAUCUGAAGAUUCGCAAACACAAGCAAAAAAUUCCAGUAACCUUCGGGUCGAUCAGGGACCCUCACAGAACACACAGCAAACUUCAAAGAUCAAAGAGUCUGAAAGCAAAACAAGCAUCAGUAAGGUGAAAAAACAGAGCCGGAUGCCUUGUCCUUACGGCAGCUCCUGUUACAGGAAAAAUCCUGUACAUUUUCAAGAAUGCAGUCACCCUGGAGACAGUGACUAUGAGGAAGAGAAGACAGAAGAUGAUGAUGAUGAUGAUGAUGCUGAUGAUGAUGAUGAUGAUGAGAGGCCCAAGUGCCCAUUUGGUACCCAAUGCUACAGGAAGAAUCCACUUCACAAGAAGGAGUACAAACACACCAAAUCUCCACCCAAGAGUACUGCUGACGAUGAGGAUGAAAAUCAGUAUGAAAACAGUUUUAUUAAUGAUGAAAGUGAGGAAGAAGAGGUGGGCGAUGACUCGGACUACAUGCCAGAAUCAGAGGACAGUGGAAAAGAGGACAUUAAAUCCCUGCAAAAAGAAGCACGAGCCUUUCUCAGGAGGAAGAAAUGACACUAUUUUAUAAACCUAGUAUCUAUGUUUUUUACUUCAAAAUGUCAGAUAAUUUUUAUAGCUUUAAGCAAACCUAUAAUUUUUUUAAUCUGUUGUUUUUUCAUGUUCCAUUCUGUGAGAGUGGGAAUGCUUUCAACACGUCCGCUUCUUUAUUAGAUACUAAGAUUAUUUA